AUGUCUCAACCACAUACUAUACCGCAUACCAUCACCUACACCCUACUCAACCACGACGGUCCGCUGUUCAUAGCUGGGACCUUUUCGCAACCUGCCUGGCUUCUCCAAGAAAUGGAACCGUCGACACCGGCCAGAAAUUCUAACACCUAUUCCAUCUGUGUCAUGGUCGAACCUGACAAGGAAUAUCAGUACAGAUUCAGGCAAGGCCGAGAUGGCUUGUGGGCUGUCGAUGAGCGGGAGCCGAUUGUCAAAAGCGUCUUGGGCACCAAGAGCAAUAUUCUCCGAGCAAAAGAGCCUGCCAAGGCCAGCAAUGGCAACGCCAACACCAGCACCAACAUCAACGAAAACGACGGCGCCAAUGAUACCGUGAGCUUCACUGUUCCACUCUUCGCUCAUGAGCGACUCGGCGCCGCCUACACUCUGAGCGAUGGUAGCCACCAAGCCCAGGACACGACUACCAGCGAGAUGCAAAGGGAAAUUUCACCCAGAACGAUGAACAGUGCUCCCGUUGACCUCAACGACCCCACCCUGGAGCCCUUUCCCUGCGAUAAGUCGUCGAUCCUAGGCACCCUGCGCAAGAUCCAGUCCAGCAUGGGCGAACACGCUGUGGCUGUGGACAUCCAGCAGCACUCGAACCGAAGGAGCAGCCUUGACUCGGAUGAUGGCUCCUCGGGCUCCGUGAGCCCGUCCUCUUUUCGACGCAGAGAAAAUCGGUUGUCCAAUGGCAGCAAACGUAACCUGUCCGUUGCGUCACUCGGCUCCAUUGCUGAAGAGCCCAAUGGGGGAAUGCAUAAACGCGAGCUGAGAAACAUUGCUGAAGCAUCCAUCGGCGACGGCGGUGAAGCUCUCAUGAUGAGAACGCCUAAGCGACAAUGA